UUGCUUAAUGACAGCUCUGCUGCAGGAUUACUGGGGCUUCGAAGACUUGAGCCAUCUGGAUGCCCAUCUCCACAGCGUGCUGCGGUUUAUGGCUGGUGCAUUUGUUGUCAUAAAUAUGAUUUUAUGAAUUAGGUCAGAAGUUUUUCUUCAAAAGAAAUGUCUCGACUGUGCAAAGUGGGGCGAAAUCCAUCGAUAGCUGAUCAGCUUCCCUGGAUUUCGCUGACCACCCCACUUUGUUUUGCCUGAAGAUGGAAACACUGGAGUCGGAGCUGACCUGCCCAAUCUGUCUGGAGCUCUUUGAGGACCCGCUGCUCUUGCCCUGUGCUCACAGCCUUUGUUUCAACUGUGCUCAUCGUAUCCUCGUCUCACACUGCACGCCCAGUGAGCCAAUUCAUUCCAUCAGCGCCUUUCAGUGCCCAACCUGUCGCUAUGUCAUCACCCUCAACCAGAGGGGCCUAGAGGGACUCAAACGCAACGUGACACUACAGAACAUCAUCGAUCGCUACCAAAAGGCUUCUCUAAGUGGACCUAACUCUCCUAACGAGACUCGCCGCGAGCGAGCUGCCCCCGACAGCAAAGCCAUGACAUCUCCCAGUGACAGCGUGCAGUGUCAGUUCUGUGAGCAGGACCCCCCACAGGACGCUGUGAAGACCUGCGUCACCUGUGAGGUGUCAUACUGCGAAGAGUGUCUCAAGGCCACACACCCCAACAAGAAGCCUUUCACGGGCCACCGUCUUAUUGAGCCCUUACUGGACUCCCAUCUGCGAGGGCUUAUGUGUCUGGAGCAUGAGGAUGAGAAGGUCAACAUGUACUGUGUGACAGAUGAGCAGUUGAUCUGUGCAUUGUGUAAGCUGGUUGGACGACACCGGGACCACCAAGUGGCAGCCCUCAGUGAUCGAUAUGACAAACUCAAGAAAUCUGCUGGCCGCUUUCUCUGUGCGGGGCGUGAUCGUUCACACCGGGAGGCAGACCAGCAAGCCUUGGAUUCUAACCUCAGCAGUCUAAUCAAGAGGACCAGUGAUUUGGAAAGUCUGAUGGGCAAACUUAUCCAAACAUGCCAACAUGUGGAGGUUAAUGCCUCGCGACAAGAGAACAAGCUGCUCGAGGAGUGUGACCUGCUGAUUAAUAUCAUACAGCAGAGAAGACAAAUCAUAGCAACCAAGAUAAAGGAGGGAAAGUCCAUGCGGCUGAGGAAGCUGGCCCAGCAGAUAGCCAGCUGCAAGCAGUGCAUCGAGAGGUCCUCCUCCCUCAUCACUCAGGCCGACCAGGCUCUCAAGGAGACAGACCACACUCGCUUCCUUCAAACGGCGAAAAGCAUCUGUGAGAGAGUUUCUAUGGCAACGGCGUCUUCUCAAAUCCUUUUACCAGAAAUUAACUUGAAUGACACCUUUGAUACUUUUGCUUUGGACUUCACGAGAGAGAAGAAAAUGCUAGAAAACUUGGAUUACCUCACAGCACCAAAUGCACCAGUAAUCCGUGAGGAAUUAUGCACAGCUUCGUAUGACACGAUCACAGUUCACUGGACAACAGAUGACGAAUUCUCUGUUGUAUCGUAUGAACUUCAGUACGCCAUCUUCACCAACCAAUCUAAUGUUGUCAGUUUGUGUAACUCUGCUGAUAGCUGGAUGAUUGUCCCCAACAUCAAGCAAAAUCACUACACUGUGCACGGGCUCCAGUGUGGCACCAAGUACAUUUUCAUUGUGAAGGCCAUAAACCAGGCUGGAAACCGCAGCAGUGAACCAGGGAAACUCAAGACUAACAGUCAACCAUUCAAGUUGGACCCAAAGUCAGCUCAUCGGAAACUGAGGGUGUCCCAUGACAACCUGACAGUGGAGAGGGACGAGACAUCAUCCAAGAAGAGCCACAGUCAGGACCGCUUUUCCAGCCACAGCAGCUAUGGUGUUACAGGAAAUGUCUACAUCGACAGUGGCCGCCAUUACUGGGAAGCUCUGAUUGGAGGAAGCACAUGGUUUGCAGUGGGCAUUGCAUACAAGUCUGCACCAAAACAUGAGUGGGUCGGAAAAAACUCUGCCUCCUGGGUACUGUCACGAUGCAACAACUCGUGGGUGGUGCGUCACAACAGUAAGGAGAUGCCCAUCGAGCCUUCACCCCACCUGCGGCGUCUUGGAAUACUGUUGGACUAUGACUCUGGAUCUCUGUCCUUCUACGAUGCUGUCGGCUCCCAGCACUUGUAUACAUUUGACAUUGACUUUGCUCAGCCAGUCUGCCCUGUGUUUAACGUGUGGAACAGGUGUUUGACAGUCCUCACUGGACUGCCCAUUCCAGAUCACUUAGAGGGGACAGACUACAACAACUGACAGAGCCUGUCUUACUGGAUUUUCAUUGUAUACCCAAAAAGAGACCAGACUGCUUGCACCUAACUGACUGAUGUGAUGCCAACAUACUGUUGACAAAAUGAAAACAGUAACUGAUCGAGAUCCAAUUAAGAUCCCAGGUGUGAAUUGCCUAAUCAAGCCUAUGUUGAAAUUAGUUAACUGGAAUUAUUUAAGAAAUAGUCUACAAACAUCUGUAAAUGUAUCCCCUUGCUUUGCACAUAUGUACAUUACACUGCUGGGUGGUUUUAAGGGUUUGCUUACAGUUUAAAAUUCAAUGAGAAAUUUCCCUGUAGGCUUAACUUUUUUUUUUUUUUUUGGAUUCAAACUAAAUUCUUUUCUGGUCAUAUUGUUAAGGGUGAUGAUUAAUCUUUAAGCGCAAGUAACAGGUGGUCUUACUGAGUUUAAUGUUUCUGGAAGGUUGUAUUAUAGGUUGUUUUAAAUGUCAGGAUUUUUUUAAAAAUCAUAGCACUUUGAUAAAACAAAGAUGUCACUAAAAAUCCAAGUCACUUCUACCUGUACUUGUACUACAGAUGCUUCCUUGUCAUUGUUUUGUAAGGGAAGAGCACUUAAAUAGAUCUGAUGAUAAUAGUAAACAACACUUUCACUUCAGUCAAUUCAGCAACUACCAAAUAUUUAUUAUCUGUAAAUGCAAAAUUAAAAGCACAGCUCAGCGUUCGUCUCUUCAGUGUGGCAGUUUUUAAAGAGUUCUUCAUGACAAUUUUCACAUUUAAGUUUCUCUCUGCAAAGACGUAAUAAAAGUGACUUUGAUGA